CGUCAUCCAGGUUGCGUGCUGCAUAGGCUACAGUCUGCCUCUAAUGGGCAAGAUGCUGCCCUGAAUAUGUGAUAGAGCUUAAUCAGUAACGCACUGUUCAGUCCUGCCUCCUAAUGCCCAACAUUGUGUGAAUCAGGUGAUUACAGUGGGUAGUGGCAACGGAGUUGUAAGGCAGCUGCAGCCUAACUUGCGUCCUCAUUUCUCUGUAGACCUUGGAAUCGGAUUGAUUGUUGUAACAGUUGCUGAGAUAUUUUUUUUUUCUGUGGACAUUUCUAAUAGACAUUACAGACAUCUGCCCUGAGGAAAGACAGUGAAAUACAGGAGGAGACAGUGAAACCCCACAUCACUGCUGGUUUAUAUUAAUUUAUUUAUUCGGAAGAAGAUUACCUUUAUUCUGGACCAUGGAACUGGCCCUGGCCCAUCCUGCCAUUAAGGCCUUCAUGUGUGGCUCUCUGAGUGGCACCUGUUCCACUCUGCUCUUCCAGCCCCUGGACCUGGUCAAGACGCGUCUGCAGACCCUCAACUCCACUGUGCAGCCUGGCUCUGCGAGGGUGGGAAUGGUGACAGUGUUGCUCAGCGUGGUGAAGACGGACAAGCUCAUUGGACUAUGGAAAGGAGUGUCACCGUCUUUCGUGCGCACCAUCCCCGGUGUGGGGAUCUACUUCAGCACCUACUUCACCUUCAAGCAGCACUUCCUCUCGGAGAAGGGCCCCGGGCCCCUGGAGGCCAUGCUGCUGGGAGGGGGGGCCCGCGUGGUGGCAGGAGUCUGCAUGCUGCCCGUGACCGUCAUCAAAACGCGCUUCGAGAGUGGGCGGUAUAACUACAGCAGCGUGCUGGGGGCCCUGCGCAGCGUGUGCCAGACGGAGGGGCCCCGGGCCCUGUUCUCCGGCCUGGCCGCUACACUCCUCCGAGACGCCCCCUUCUCUGGCCUCUACCUCAUGUUCUACAGCCAAAGCAAGAGCGCACUGCCAAAAGAGAUUAGUUUGUCACCUUAUGCUCCACUGGGUAACUUCAGCUGUGGUAUAGUGGCGGGGGUCUUGGCCUCCCUGGUCACGCAACCAGCAGAUGUGGUCAAAACACACAUGCAAGUCUGUCCCCAUCUCUACAAGAGCACACCAGACGCCGUGUGCCUCAUAUACAAAGAACAUGGUGUGCAGGGCUUCUUCCGCGGCGCGGUGCCCCGCUGUCUGAGGCGGACCAUGAUGGCAGCCAUGGCCUGGACUGUAUACGAGCAGCUCAUGGCCCAUUUCGGCCUCAAGUCCUAAAUACGGGACACACACACACAUUACCACAGAAUGCAGAAGGACUCAUUAAAGAACGAGCAAGUGGAAGGAAAAUGGAGAAGUUGGACCGCUUUUUUUUUUUUUUUUGGUCUUUUACGACUUUAUUGAUGAUAGGACAGUGUGAGAGGUGGACAGGAUGCGAAUGGGGAGAGUGAUGUGGAGCGGUUGGCAAAUGACCCGGGCCAGGAAUCGAACCCGGGUCGACCACAUGGCAGACGAGUGCCCUACCGGUUGGCCACAGCAGGGCCAAAAGGCCGGUUAUUUUUUAAUAAGGACUGAGAUGUUGGUCAGAUGUGAAGAGUGCUGUGUUCAGGCUGAUCUGGCAGCCUGCCAUGUUACCAAGCCGAACGAUGGCGUGACUGUCAGUUUUUGUCAUUGACGGACAGUGGAAUUGAUGGUUCACAUAGAAUGUUUGUCACUAUACUGAAUAUGAAGGUUGAACUGCCAUUGACUGCUGGUCUUUAGGUGAGCAUUUCACCUCAGCUUUAAAUGUGACUAUUUGAAAACUUGAUGUUUUGUGUUUCAAACCAAUGUGACAUGAUCUUAACCUGGGAUGCUGAUGUGAUCAUUGCACUAACACUGUAUUGUAUCGUAGAUGUCACUCUUUUCAGCAGACCAUGUAAGCUACUAUAGAUGUUGAAAGUAGACCAACAUGUGAUAUUCCAUGCGCACAAUGUAAAGUAGUUUUUCCUGGUUUAAUGCACUUUAAAAUCUAGGUAAUAGGAUAAUUGUUGAGGUCUUUUUGUAUUGAUAUUGCAGUAUUAAGUUAUGCGCCGUUCACACAACUAAAUUAUGCCUUCAUAAAAAAUGUGAAGUUUUUCUAUGGUUAAUAUUUUAACAUGAAAGUAUUGCACACCUUUCUUGUAUCUUUCCCUUUUAUAUGAAACUGCAUUAAUAAAAAAACUUUG